UUGUCCUCUUGGCUUUAAAUUCCACCUUUUUGCUCCUGUGAAAGAGGAGGCCUUUGUGGCACGGUUGGUGCGGGCGUUGCUGGCGCAGAGUCAGAAGCUGUGGUUUCGAGGUCUACUUCAUGACUCCAUGACCCAGGAAGGCGUGUUCAUAACACAGCCAAGCUUGAUUAUCAACCUGCAAAUCCCUCCAACACAUGCCAACGGCAGGCAGCAAGAGCAGGGGAGAUUCCUGUUCAGCAACGUGAUGGAGAGAAGGUUGGAGCCUCUACCACAGACAACCCGUUAAUUGCCAGAAUGACUACAGCUUCAGUCUCCGACACAUAUACGCCGGCUGAUGCAACGUGCAGAGUCUCAGUGGAGAAUGUUACUCAGAAAUCAUCGAGUUCCAAAGCAUCAAUGUCCCCUUCUGAUAACUAUUACCUGGCGCGAAGGCGGACUCUGCAGGUGGUGGUUAGUUCCCUACUGACUGAAGCAGGUUUUGAUGCAGCAGAAAAGGCGGCUGUUGAAACACUGACCGAAAUGCUGCAGAGCUAUCUUUCUGAAAUUGGUCGAAGUGCGAAAGUAUAUUGCGAACAUUCAGCACGAACUCAACCAACUUUGUCAGAUGUUGUGGUUACUUUGGCAGAAAUGGGUUUUAAUGUGGAUAACAUUCAGGCUUAUGCCAAGCGUUCACAGAGGAUGGUUAUUACCGCUCCUCCUGUCACAAAUACCCCAGCAACCCCCAGAGCACUUUCUACUGGACAGAAGAGAACGCACCCCUCAUAUAUCCCAGGGCAUUUUCCAGAGUUCCCUGAUCCUCACACCUAUAUAAAGACACCUACAAUCAGAGAGCCAGUUUCUGAUUACCAAGUGCUGAGGGAGAAAGCCGCAUCACAGAGAAGAGAUGUGGAGCGAGCUCUGACCAGAUUUAUGGCCAAGACAGGAGAGACAGAGAGUCUGUUUAAAGAUGAUGUCUCAACAUUCCCAUUGAUUGCUGCGCGGACUACCACAAUUCCUUACCUAAACGCCUUGCUACCAUCCGAACUUGAGCUGCAGCAGAUGGAGGAGACAGAUUCCUCAGAGCAGGAUGAUCAGACUGAUACAGAGAAUGUUGCACUAAAUAUGAACACAGAUGAAAUGUCUGCUGAAAAGGAAAAUACCAUGUUGCAACAGAACUCGGGCUUAUCUAACAGUAAGAGUAAUGAAGAGCCAAUGAUUGACAAUCCAUAUCUGAGGCCAGUCAAAAAACCCAAGAUCCGUAGGAAGAAAUGAACUCUGGAGGAAAUACAAGGAUGAUUUCAGUAAAAAUACCAUGCAUUGUAACAAUACAACUGUUCGAACUGAAAAAGUUGUUUUAAUUGAGCACUGUCUUCAUCUUCGGAAAUUGUGAAAAAGUGAUCACAGCCCUAAUGGAGUGAGGGGGUUUUGGUCCCAGAAAAUACCUUAAGAGACUGCGCCAGUUUGGUAACCUGGUGUAAAAUCUGGGUAACCAGUACAUGAAGCCAGAAUUUUUUGCGCCUCUGUUCCGAUGGAGCAAACAUACUUUGUUGUAAGUUUAAAAACUUGUUGAAAUACAUUGCAGUUCAGCUCACGGAAGUCUUAUGAUCUUUGUCCUAAUGAGAAGGUCCAAGUGUCACAUGGUCGAAAACGCAUUCCAGUGUGGUAAAAAUGAUUAUCUGUUCGACAUCACUUCUUGUCAUGGCAGUUUAUGUAUUGUCCUUUUUCCUGUUCGUUCACCACUUUGCAAUUCAGCUUUGAACUUUUGGUGGUAUUUUCCACACUGCUUGACUUGGCAGCUGGUCACAGAUGUUUAGAUAUGACUGCUGCCCAGCAAACACAUGUAGUGCAGCAGUUGCACAGUUAAAUGUAAAUAAAUAUUUCUUCUGGUCUAAAAAAUAAA